AAAAAAGGGGUCUGAAAUUAGGGCUUCUGAUGAGCAGCCGGCUUGCUGUUCUGUCCUCCCAUCUCAUCCACGUCUCCGCCGCCAUGGCUUCCGAGAAAGAGGCUGCUCUCGCUGCGACGCCCUCCGAUUUUACCAUAUUUGACAAGAUCAUCAACAAAGAAAUACCUUCUACUGUGGUUUAUGAGGAUGACAAGGUCUUCGCUUUUAGAGACAUUCAACCCCAGGCUCCUGUGCACAUCGUCAUUAUCCCCAUAGUGAAGGAUGGGUUAUCUGGCCUCUCUAAGGCUGAGGAGAGGCACAUUGAUAUAUUGGGCCGCCUUCUCUACACGGCCAAGCUCAUCGCAAAGCAAGAAGGCCUGGAUGACGGCUUUAGGAUUGUGAUUAACGAUGGGCCCAAAGGAUGUCAAUCGGUGUACCACAUCCAUGUCCAUCUCCUUGGAGGCCGCCAGAUGAACUGGCCACCUGGCUAACGACAACUGUCCUUGUUAAGAGGGAUGGCUUAUAGUAUCCACGCUUUCCCUGUCCCUAGUGUCCAUAUGAAUAAAAGCUCGGACGAAACCGUUAUUGUUAUGGGAACUUAUUUAUGUGGAUGAUUAUCUGUAUGGAAAAGGAUGUUGGCAGAUAUUGCUUUUAUUGCGUAUCCUGCGCAUCUUUGCUUCUAUCCUAAUUUGAGACACGUUAUGCCCUUUUGUUGAAUGGUGAUCUGUGUAAGAUUGAUGUAGAUAUUGCAGCUCCAAAUUGAUGUUGCUGACCGGCGACCGAGUCACUUUGACGGGGCUAAGUUGAAAGCUUACACCCUUUGGGAAGCUUGGGAGUCAUCUUUUGCCGCCCCCAAGACAUAUUUGGAUAUCUUUUUCCAAGACGUAAGGAUUGACCCUGUCAGCAAUUGGUAAUAGAAUAGAAUAUUAGGCGCUCAUUACGUGUUCAUGAAUCAUGUGUAUGCGCGCGUCAAGAUUUUUCUGGGUUCUCUCUCAUCCCAGGUCCAAGAGCUCCGUACGG